CCACGAUAAGCAGCCUCGGCGCAGUACGUCACGUCACUACUGUUCCCUCCUCAGCUCUUGUCUCCUCGGCUCUUGUCUCCUCAGCUCUUGUCUCCUCGGCUGAUUUCUCUAAUUGAUUUCACCUGAUGAGGAGGAAGCUGCUCGCUCAUUCAGCUGCAGGUUUCUGCUCCAACAUCUCAGAAGAAUACCUGUAGCUGCUCAGGUGAAUCUGAAGAUCUUUUGUCAUGUGGAGCCAAGCAUUUGUGCAGGUGGCAGUCAGCCCUCUGCAGGCGGAGUGAACAGCAGCUCAGCAACGAUGACCGUCCUUCAGAUCUUGCCGUGUUCGGUGUCUCAGCUGCUGUCUGCGUCUAAAGUCAGUAGCGACACGUUUGCACUCUGCGACCUGGAGUUCAACCAGGUGUCGGUCGUUGGCGUCGUCAGAGAGUUGGCUCCUUUUGUGAAAUACGUCCAAUACUGUUUGGACGACAUGACGGGUCCUCCUCUGACCGUGAGGCAGUGGGUGAACUCGGAGGACUGUACUCCCCUGGUGUUUGCUUCUCCUGGAUCGUAUGUGAAAGUUAUUGGAAGUCUGCGCAGCUCUACUGGUGAAAGGUCAUUGCAGGCCAAACACAUCCGAGUUAUCACAGACCUGAAUGAGAUCACAUCCCACAUGCUGGAGGUGGUGCACGCUCACAUGCAGAUCUUUAAAAAGAAAUUUGAUGUGAACAUGAACAUCACUGCUGUCCCAUCAGAGGAUUUGCCCUCCGUCCAGGGUCAGGUGCUGCAUGUGAUCAGGAGAGGAUCUGUGCGAGACAUCGGGAUCGGAUACAAGGAGCUGCAGAGCCAGCUGGACUUCCUCAGCCUCAGAGACAUCAAAUCCUCUUUGACGUCUCUGAUGGAUAAAGGUUUCGUCUAUCACACCAUCGACGAGAACCAUUUCAAGUCCACAGACCGUUAGCAGGAUGAACAUCUCUGUACCCACAUGUUCAGGGUCAUAUAAAGCUCUGUUAAAUAUAGUUAUUUAUGACGUACUGCAGCUAUUACCCACAGACAGAAAAGGAGACUCACUGGGUUUAUCGCUGAUCCUCUUGUUCUUAGAAUGAAUGCACUGAUGUUUUCCUCAGGCUCUUUUUGUUUUAAAAUAUAUAUAUUUAAGUUAUGCGCUGGUUGUGUGGGUACCCUGCAAAGGUCCUGAUGGUUGUAUAUAAAGAUUUAAGUUUAAAAUGU